AACCUCCUGUGCAAGAAUGUGGCCUCCCUGCCCAUCUGUCCCAGCGGGGCUGUCAACUGCCAGGUGUCCCUCCGAGACCUGUUUGACCGUGCAGUCAUCCUGUCUCACUACAUCCAUAACCUCUCCUCGGAAAUGUUCAAUGAAUUUCACGAAGACCUGCUGAACCUGGUCCUGCGCGUGCUGCGCUCCUGGAACGACCCUCUGUACCACCUGGUGUCGGAAGUGCGGGGCAUGCACGAGGCGCCCGACGCCAUCCUGUCGAAAGCCAUCGAGAUCGAGGAGCAGAACAAGCGCCUCCUGGAGGGCAUGGAGAAGAUAGUGGGCCAGAUAAGCCCCCCGGGCGCCCCUGCUGACCUCCUUA